AUGCAAAUUUCGAGCGUCAAGGCUAGUAUCCAUGCCGGUCGCCUAUUGUCAUGCAUUCGCACAACCUUAGCUCGGCCACAACGACCAUUCCCCUCGAGCAUCGUCUGCAAGCGCGUCUCAGGAUGUCGAAGCUUCACAUCUUCCGCCACGCGGACCUUCUACUCCAGCUCAACGGCGGACACCUCAGGCGGCGAGCCUCAAAGCGGAGACGAGGCGGCAUCGUCGCAGUCCCCGUUCGCACCCCUCGAUACCUUCGUACAUCGCCAUGUUGGGCCUUCUCCUACUACCGCUGAGCAGAUGCUCAAGGCCCUUGACCCUCCAGUAGACACGUUGGACGACUUCGUGAAGCAGGUCCUGCCUGCCGACAUACUAUCAUCGAAAGAUCUGAAGCUUGGGUCAACUGCUGGUAACGAGCGUAGCAGGGCUCAGGACGCUGAGGAGGGUAUGAGCGAGUCUCGGUUGCUGCAUACCUUGCAGCGUAUUGCCAACUCCAACAAACUGUUCCAACACAACAUUGGCUGCGGUUAUGCGAAUACUAAAGUGCCCGCGGUAAUCCAGAGGAAUGUUCUCGAGAAUCCGGCGUGGUAUACAAGUUACACCCCGUAUCAGCCAGAAAUUAGUCAAGGACGGUUGGAGUCGCUUCUGAACUUCCAGACCAUGGUCACGGAUCUCACGGCCUUGCCAGUUGCAAAUGCAUCACUCCUGGACGAGCCCACUGCCGCCGCUGAGGCUAUGACCCUCUCCUUCAGCGCCUGGCCAAUAUCUAAACAGAAAAAGCCAAACAAGGUCUACUUCGUAUCUCAUCUCUGUCAUCCUCAAACUAUAGCUGUGCUCCAGUCCCGUGCUGAUGGAUUCGGCAUAGAGAUCAAGGUUGGCGAUGUGCUGCAGGAUGGAGGUAAGCAGGUAAAAGAGAUUGGCGAUAGCUUAAUCGGGGUCCUGGCGCAGUAUCCAGAUACCGAAGGCGGGGUUGAAGAUUUCAGAGGACUUUCAGAGAUCGUACACAAGGUUGGAGGCACAUUCAGUGUAGCUACUGAUCUCCUUGCACUCACUCUUCUGACACCCCCUGGAGAAUUUGGAGCGGAUGUUGCCUUCGGAAAUGCGCAGCGAUUCGGCGUUCCGCUUGGCUACGGAGGUCCUCAUGCAGCCUUCUUUGCUUGUAGUGAGAAACACAAGAGGAAGAUACCCGGUCGACUGGUCGGCCUGUCGAAAGACAGGUUGGGCGAUCACGCAGCAAGGUUGGCGUUACAGACUCGAGAACAACACAUUCGCAGAGAGAAGGCAACGAGUAAUGUUUGCACUGCCCAGGCCUUAUUGGCAAACAUGAGCGCAUUCUACGCCAUUUAUCAUGGCCCAUCCGGUCUGAAGGCUAUUGCUGAGAAAACCAUGUUCUCUGCAAGAGUCCUUCAAAAGCUCAUCUCCGAACUUGGCUAUCGCACAGGGAAGCGCGGCAAGUUAGAUAACCAACCCAUUCCUUUCGAUACCUUCGUUGUUGAGACGGGGGCGGAGACCAAGAAGAUAAUGGAACAUGCUGUCUCCAAAUAUCAAGUAAACUUGCGAAUGCUCGAUGACAGCCACAUCGGUAUUUCUAUCGACGAAGAGACGGAGAUGCUCCAGCUCAAAAGGAUUGCAAAUAUCUUUCAGGAUUUCAAGCCUGAGCAAGAGCGCCGCUCCCUCGAAAGCCUCGCCCAGGACCUGGGGGCAGCCGCCACAACGGUGCAAUCUUUCAAACGCGAAUCAGCAUAUCUAACACAUCCAGUGUUCAACUCUCACCAUUCCGAGACCGAGCUCCUGCGGUACAUUUACCACCUACAGUCCAAGGAUCUGUCCCUCGUCCAUUCGAUGAUACCGCUCGGCUCUUGCACCAUGAAGCUCAAUGCUACCACCGAGAUGAUCCCAAUCUCAUGGCCCCAGUUCUCUCGUAUCCACCCAUUCGCGCCAGCAUGGCAGGCUGAAGGGUAUAAGCAGCUGAUUGGCGAGCUAGAGCAUGAUUUGGCAGAGAUCACCGGCUUCGAUGCUGUGUCACUCCAGCCGAAUUCUGGUGCCCAGGGCGAGUUUACUGGUCUCCGCGUCAUCCGCAAAUACCUGGAGGAGCAGCCCGGCAAGAAGCGGGAUAUCUGCCUUAUCCCCGUCUCCGCCCAUGGAACCAACCCCGCCAGCGCAGCAAUGGCAGGCAUGCGCGUCGUGGCCAUCAAAUGCGAGCAAGGCACGGGGAAUCUCGACAUGGGCGACCUGCGCGCUAAGUGUGAAAAGCACAGCGAGGAACUCGGAGCUAUCAUGAUCACGUAUCCCAGCACCUUCGGCGUCUUCGAACCCAAGAUCAAAGAGGUGUGCGAGCUGGUGCAUCAGCAUGGCGGACAGGUCUACAUGGACGGCGCGAACAUGAACGCCCAAAUCGGUCUGUGCUCGCCCGGCGAGAUCGGCGCCGACGUCUGCCAUCUCAAUCUGCACAAGACCUUUUGUAUCCCUCAUGGCGGCGGUGGACCCGGCGUUGGGCCCAUCGGCGUGAAGGAACAUCUAGCGCCUUACCUUCCAGGCCACCCGCUCAUCAAAACCGGCGGCGAGAAAGCCAUCGCACCCGUCAGCGGGGCGCCGUGGGGCUCUGCAAGUAUCCUCCCCAUCAGCUGGGCUUAUAUCAAGAUGAUGGGCGGGCGUGGGUUGACGCACGCAACCAAGAUCACGCUGCUAAAUGCCAACUAUAUCCUCUCUCGCCUGAAGCCUCACUACCCAAUCUUGUACACCAACGCCAACGGCCGCUGUGCGCACGAGUUUAUCCUCGACGUACGCAAGUUCAAGGAGACGUCCGGGAUCGAAGCCAUCGAUGUCGCGAAAAGACUCCAAGACUACGGAUUCCAUGCUCCGACGAUGUCGUGGCCGGUGGCGAAUACGCUCAUGAUUGAGCCGACGGAGAGUGAGAGCAAGGAGGAGUUGGAUAGGUUCUGCGAUGCUCUCAUUAGCAUCAGGAAGGAGAUCCAGGAAGUGGAGGAGGGAAAGAUGCCCAGAGAGGGCAACGUGUUGAAGAUGGCACCACAUAGCUUGAAGGACUUGAUGAGGGAUGAGUGGGAUAGACCGUAUAAGAGGGAGGUGGCGGCGUACCCACUUCCAUGGUUGAGGGAGAAGAAGUUCUGGCCGUCGGUCACGAGGUUGGAUGAUGCUUAUGGCGACAUGAACCUCUUCUGCACCUGCGCUCCGGUGGAACCGGAAGACUCGGAUAUUACCGGGGCUGCGGCCCCAAUGCCGACUUGA